AUGUUGACUAAAUUGCUGUUUUUUGCAUUUGCAAUUACACAGUCCUAUUGUUCAGACUAGAGCAAUCGAUAUCCUUAAAAUUCAUUUCUAGAAGAUUCAUUUAUAGGCUAGUAAGAUCCUUAUGAAGUCAACUAUUAGGAAGAUUAAAGUAAUGAUAAUUAUGUCCUGUUUUACUUUCAUUAAUAUUCUAAUUUUAUUGGAUGGGCAAUUCUAGUUGAUCUGGGAAUUAUUGCAAAUAGAUACGGUAUAUUGAAAAAAAAUAAAUAUGAUAUUCAUGCUAUCAUAAUGAGCAUUGUAGUUUUGCCUUCAAUAAUAGCCGAAUUAUUUAUGAUAUUUUCCGGGAAUACACCUCCUCUUUAUGGGAAACAAAACUUAUAGGGAUUUCAUAAUAUAAUCGGAUAUAUAUUUUUGGGACUGAUGAUUUCAUAGAUGUUAGGAGGGGUCAUAAUAAAAUUUUGCAUUCAAUCAGUGAACACUUAGACACACCUUAAAAUAAAAUCUCUUCUGCACAUCUAUACGGGAUAUGUAAUAUAUCUUCUUGGGAAAAUCUAAUUAGGAUUUGGAUACUAUAUGACUUAUAAACUUCAGAAUGAAAAAGGGAAAGGUGAUAUAAUAUCUUUUUGGUGUGUGUAUAGUUUUAUUUUUUUAUGGAGAAUCAUUUUUGAAUUCUUAUAUCAAAAGGGAAAGAUAUAUUUAAUCCUGAUUAAGAAUAAUUCAGUUCCAAAAGAACACUCUGGAACACUUUAAGAUUCAUUGUUAAUUUAAUAUAUUGAGUAGAAUGGUAUGAUAUUUUAUCAUAUUAAUUAGAAUAAUCUCAUAUUUACAAUGAAUUUUAGAAUAAAUUUUGGUUAAUUUUUAACGAUGAAAUCAUUGAUUUAACAGGAUUUACACACCCAGGUGGUUAAUACAUUUGGGAAAGAGUUAAAGGUAGAGAAGUAUCUAGAUUUGUUUAUGGAGGCUGUGGACUAGAAGAUGGAACAGCUAAAUAGUAUCCUCAUUCUUAAAAUGCAAUUGUACUAUUAAAAAAUCAUGUUAUUGGAUCAUUAAAUAAUAUUGCAUUUACAAUUCCUGUUGAUGAAAACAAUGCAAAUAAUAGCACUUAAUGGAAAUUGGAAACUAUUACUAAAUUAAAUGAUAAAACAAGCUAUUUUGGAUUCACUAAUCCUAAAUUCAAUAUAAUAUCUCAAUUUACAACUAUUCAUUCAUUUGGCAAGUAUUUUCAAAUCUAAUCAAUUUAAUCUAAGAAAACUCCAAUUCGAUAAUAUACAUGUGUUGCUUCUAUGGCUCCUGAAAAUGUUGCCUAUAGAAAGGAACUAGUUAAGUACAUUGACUAUAUAUAUACAACAAAACAAUAAGCCAAAGUUCCUUAAUAACCUAAAUACCUGUAGGAACUACCAUUGAUGAUUAAAUGCUACGAAUCUUAGGGUGGUUUCUCAUAAUAUAUUCAUAAUCAUAAGGAUGAGAUGUAUGAUAUUUAAGGCCCCUAUGGACCACCUCAUGGUCUACCUAAUAGAGGCAACAUUGUUAUUAUAUGUGGAGGAACGGGAAUAUUUCCAUUUUUAGAUUUAUUAGAUUUUCUUUUAAAAACUGUUAUUCACCAAAUCGCAUUGAACAAGUUUGGCAAAUAAACAGCUGAUAAUCUGAAUCCUUAUGAUUGUUAAUUCAAUCCAAAUAUACAUAUUACUUUAUUUUUUGCAGCAGCCAAUAAAUCAGAAUUAAUUGGAUCUGAUAUUCUAUUCCCAAUUAUUUAAUUAUAAAAAUACUUAGAUAAACAAUACUUGAGAUUGAUCAUUAAAAUAAAGGAUAAAAUUGAAGGAAUAGAAACUAUUGAGGAGAGAUUUAGUAAAGAAAUGUUUGAUAAAUUCUUGGGGAAAACUAUGGAUUAUCAAAGAUUUUUGAUUUGUGGACCACCUCCGAUGUAAGCAUCAGUACCAAUCAUCCUUUAAGAAAUGGGAGUAUAAAACCGAUUCAUCCAUUUCAUCUGAUUUAUUAUUU